AGCAGUAUUGAUUUUAAUUUGUCGUUUGUUGUAGUAUAUUUAAGCAAACGUUGGUGGAAUUAACAAAGUACGAAAUUUUAAUGAAUAACAAUAUACAAAUGGACGGAGUGAUUAGCUAGCACUCAAAGUCCAAUUGUCAAUCCAUAUGGAUAUUGACGAGAUGAUUGGUAACAAAUUGUGAAUGCACGUACGAUAUGUACUACUCAUACAUAUAGUAUCUAACCCGUAUUUGAAAAGACUGAAACCGAUUUGACGUAUGCAAUUACAAGAGGAAGGGAAAUAAAACAUAGAAUUAGAAUCAGAGCGAAGCUGAAACAUUUGAAGGAUUCGAUAGCAACAAGCAAAAUGGAGAUUCCCAUAUCAAAUAUAUUGUUGCUCUGUCUAAUAUUCCUGCUAAUCGGUGGCGUAGUUAUGAUAUUACUUCAGUAUUUGCUCUUUAUCAAAUUCUCAAAUCUACCCGAUGAAAGCGAGGAACAGAAACAAAUGAGCGCUAUGUAUACAUUACCCACGAAUAUAAAGCAAACGGCACGAAAUCUAAACACUGGCCAAAACGAUGGCACCAACUACGAAGUUCAUCACAAUAAUGUGCAAAACUCAUCCACGUUGGGCUCCUUCAAUUUCGUUAUGCAGUUCCUGUUUCACGAAUUCAAAAACUCAAAUCGUGUACGCAAAUGGUUUUAUCGCAAGCUCACUAUUGAGCUAGAUGAGCUAAUUACUAAAACAACUACUGGAAAAUUACUGGACAAAUUAACGAUCAGGGAACUUGAGUUGGGCGACCAGUUUCCAGACAUUAAAUCUCUAUCGGUGCAUAAUGUGCAACUAGAUGAGGCAGAGCAGCGCAUCGAAAAUUUAGACUUGUUAAUGGAUAUUAACUACAUAGGGAAUUUCUCUACUUCCAUCGAUGCGGACAUGGUGCUGGGAAAGAAAGGUUCCAUUAUGCUAAAAGUGAAACAGCUAUCUGGCUUGGUCCGUCUACAGUUCACACGCAAACCGUACACGCACUGGUCGCUCAGCUUUUUGGGCGAUCCGGAACUCAAUUUGGUGGUUGAAUCCAAGUAUCAAGGGCGGCAAAUGCAAUCAAAUAUUACGAACCUCAUAUCGAAUCAAAUACGCAAAGCAGUCCGACGAAAACACACGCUGCCCAACUACAAACUGCGCUACAAACCCUUCUUCCACUGGACAGCCGAGCCGCAGGACGAGGCGGGCGGGGAGUGCGACAUACAGCCAAAUGGUGGACUCACAGUGCGUGUGGCCGAGCUGUCACGAUUGAUGGCCUGCCCCGGCACCAGUCACAUCUAUUGCACCAUUACGCUUGCGCCGGUUCCAUUCAUUGAGGCACAACAAAAGGAUAAUCGCAAUGUGCUCAUCUCACUGGAUGUUAUCAUACACAAGGCGAAGAAUCAGCAAAUCGGCAUUGUGUUCAAGCAGAGCACCAGUCAGGUGGUGAAAAUCGAAUCGAUACUGCCCAACACACCGGCCUGCAAAUCGAAUCUAUUGUCGGGCGAUAUUCUCGUUGCGAUUGAGGGCAAACAGGUGACGACGAUUCAGCAAAUCGCCAAGGUGGUCAAGAAUCUGCAGUCGACAGUCUGUUGCCUGCGCAUCGAACGCAUUAUUCCGGGCAUCAUACGCAACGAUGCCAUAUUGGAGGAUCUGGAGAAAUACGAUGAUCUAUGCGAUAUUCCAGCCACAGUUUCUGCUGCGGCGAAAUCGGAUGCUGACGAUGCAACUGAGAUCAACACCAAACUUUUGGCAGUGCAAAAAAGUCGCAACUCGAGCGAGUCGAGUCUAAGUGCAACGCCCACGAAUUCACCUAAAAAAUCAAAUAUUAUUGCCAAGGCCAUCAAGAAGACGAUGAGCCGUGAGAGCGGCGAUGCACAUAAAUCUGAUGAGACACCUUCAAAGUCGGCUGCCACUUUAACAGCUGAUGACAAGUCAACAGUCACAGGUACAGCGGGUGGUGAAAAGUCGCUGGAUGAUGUCAACUAUUUUUAUCAACACUCGACGAUCGACUGUCCGUUCAGUCCUCUCAUUCAUAUGGGCGAUUUGUCCAACUUUCAGCUGGAUGCCAACAGUCGGUAUAUCAAUGUGUGCGUCUUUGGCAAGUGUGCGGGCGAGAGUGUGCUGCUCGGCUACAAUAACAUACAGAUUGGUCAGAUAUUGGUCGAGUGUUGUGAAACAACGCUAAGUCAAUGUCUCAAACAGAUAAUUCUGAAUCCGGCCAAUCUAUUGCCUGUUAAAUCACAUCCAUUGUCGAAUCAGUCUGGCUUCAAUCCGAAUCUUUGCUUUGGCGAUAUUCUAUUCGGCUUUUCGUGGAAUGGCAGUCCAAAUAACGAGAGCACAUCAAAAACUCCCGGCAAGAGUUUGUCUCCUGUUAGAAGUCAAUCAACUACCAGUGAUAAAAACACCGAUGAUGGAAAUGCAGAGGCGGCAGCUGCAAAAUCCACGUAUUCGGAUGGCGCUGCAACAGCGGCGACAACGACAAAAGCCCACAACUUUAUACGCACCCAUUUCCACCGUGCCACACAGUGUGAUUUCUGUGGCAAGAAGAUCUGGCUAAAGGAUGCGAUGCAGUGCAAAGAUUGCACCAUGUGCUGUCACAAGAAAUGCAUUGCCAAAUGUCAAAACGCCACCGUCUGCGGCCCCGUCGAGUGCUAUGCACCCCCAACAACAACCCAGACAACAGUUGUCAAUAAGCCCGAGUUUACAAUUACCCAAGCCGAGUACAUCGACCUCGUGGAGCCAAAAAGUUCGAGUGGUGCCAUGCAACCCGAUGAGGCGAGCUUCGAUGGCGGCAUUGAGCCAACGCAGCAGGGCAAUCUCGAUGUGCACCGAGCGAGUCUAACCGAAAUGCUUGCCCAGGGCAUCAAGCGACAGGCAAGCAAUCUGGAUAUACCAGGCAUAGUGUCAUCAUUAUCCGGCAACAAUUCGCCAAUUAACUCCAAGAGUCUACCUCCGAGUCCGCAACAGUCGCUAUCGCGAAAGACGUCAAUGUCCGAAGAAGCAUUGAAGCAACAACUUCCAAAUCAAAAUCCUUUUGUGCGCGUUACACAGCAUUUAGAGGCUUUGCCAUUGGAGUGUGCAACAUUCAGUUUCGAACAAGUCGUGCUCAUCACUGAGCCCAUUGUUAAGCAUUCUCGUAACGAGGAUCUCAUGAAUCUGGCCAAAAGUUACAGCAAGGAUCUCUAUACGGAAAUUCCACCCAAUGAGCGUGUAGCCAAAAUUAAUGAACUGCUGACGAAACUGAAGAUUGCAUUGGAUGCCGAAACUGAGGGUUACACAACGCCUCAAACUGAUGGCCAAAAGUUGAAGUUGAAGUCAGACUCGCCGUGGAAAGCAAUGGCUAGCACAAAGAAUCAGUCAGAGGAGCGGGUACAGGCCCUCAGCAUUAUAAUGCUCUAUUUGUGCACAGGGUUGCAGCAUGCCCAGGGCGUGGUAACGCAGUAGAGAAGAAAAAGAAGCGAAAAGAUUAAAUGAAUGAAUCCAGUUUUAUAUACUUACAUUUGACUCGACUGUAAAUGUGUGUUAGUGAGUAACCUAAGGGCAUUUUUAAUCCGUGUUGUGUUACGAAAAUAAUCCCAAUCGUUUAGACCGUUUGUUUGUCAAAAAAAAAAAAAAAAAAAUAGUAUGUCUAUAUAUGUAAUUAUUUCUAAUCGCAAAAUUUGUCGAAUUACAAAAUCAUUGAUAUAUCAUA